AUGGCAUCAGUGCUACUGCUCGUGGUUGGAAUCAUGCUACAGCUAGCAUCUACUACAUCUGCAGGACCUGCCCCCGGAUGCCGAACACAAUGUGGCGAUGUCGAAAUCCCUUAUCCAUUUGGCAUUGGUAGCGGGUGUGCUAUCAACAGCGGCUUCGAGAUUAACUGCAAUAGGACUGCGGACGGAACAGAGAAGCCGUUCAUUGUUAACAUCGAGGUUCUAGGGAUAUCACUGCCCCGUGGCCAAACUCGGGUAUUAAACCCAGUUUCGACGUAUUGGUACAAUCAUACCACGGGAUCAAUGGGCGACAGAACGUGGUCCCUUGACUUCUCGUCAUGGCCAUACCGGUUCUCUGACGUGCACAACAAGUUCGUAGUCAUUGGCUGCGACACACUUGGAUACAUCUACAACCGCAAUAACAGAACCGGGUACACGACCGCAUGUGCAUCGGUGUGUGCGAGCCCAGAAGCAGUGACAAAUGCCUCAUGCUCCGGUAUAGGUUGCUGCCAAAAUGCUAUACCCAAGGGCUUAAGGCGCUUUGAUGUCUUUUUCUACCGUGUGUAUAAUGAUUCAAAUAGUUGGCAGUUCAACCCAUGCAGCUACGCUGCCCUUGUGGAAGCAGAGACGUUCAGUUUCAGCCCCGACUACAUAACCACCACAAGGUUUAACGAUACCUACCAAGGGCGGCAGCCGCUGGUGCUAGACUGGGUAAUUGGAGAUGAAACAUGCGAGGUGGCCAGAAACAUGCCAUCUUAUGCAUGCCGCAGCACAAACAGUGAGUGUGUGGAUUCAACCAACGGCCCAGGGUAUGUAUGCAACUGCUCCCGAGGGUACGAAGGAAACCCUUACCUCCCAGGGGGGUGCACAGAUGUCAAUGAAUGUGUGAAGUAUCCAAGACCAUGCCCGAAGGCUGCAGCAUGCCACAACACAAUAGGAAAUUACCGAUGUUCAUGUCCUCCGGGCAGAAAGUUGUCAAAGGACACGAACACUUGUCAUCCGGACAUCACCCUGAUCAUAGGCGCUUGCAUCGCCACUGUCGUUCUAUUGAUUAUCAUCUUCUGCUUGCGUGUAAUUUUCGAGAGAAGAAAGCUAGCAGAUGUCAAGAAACAGUAUUUUCAGCAACAUGGAGGUGUCAUCUUGUUUGAGAAGAUGAAAUCGGACCAAGGACUUGCAUUUACGGUGUUCACUGAAGCCGAAGUAGAAAAGGCAACAAACAAGUUUAACAAAAGCCAAAUUCUCGGACAUGGAGGUCAUGGCACUGUCUACAAGGGAAUUAUAAAUGGUAGAACUCCAGUGGCAAUCAAAAGAUGCGCCUUGAUUGAUGACAGGCAUAAGAAGGAAUUUGGUAAAGAAAUGCUGAUUCUUUCCCAGAUCAAUCACAAGAAUAUUGUUAAGCUGUUGGGUUGCUGUCUUGAGGUGGAAGUCCCAAUGUUGGUCUAUGAGUUCAUCCCAAAAGGAACAUUGUUUGACCUCAUUCAUGGAAACAACCGCACACUGCAUAUUCCAUUCAGUUCUCUCUUAAGGAUCGUAAAUGAAGCAGCUGAGGGGCUUGCUUUUUUACAUUCGUAUGCAAACCCACCAAUUAUACAUGGUGAUGUGAAAACCUCUAACAUCCUUCUUGAUGAUAGUUACGUGGCUAAGGUAUCUGACUUUGGGGCUUCCAUACUGGUACCAACUGACGAAGCCCAGUUCGUGACAAUGGUACAGGGGACAUGUGGUUAUCUGGAUCCUGAAUAUAUGCAAUCAUGUCGGUUGACAGAUAAAAGUGAUGUUUAUAGCUUUGGUGUCGUCCUCUUGGAGAUCAUCACUGGGAAGGUUCCCUUAAAACUUGAAGGUUCUGAGUUACAAAGAAGCCUGUCAUCAUGCUUUCUAUUGGCUAUGAAGGAGAACAACCUUGAAGCUAUGUUGGACAGUCAAGUAAAAGAUCAUGAGAACAUGGAGAUGCUUACUGGGCUAGCGGAGCUAGCUAAGCAGUGCUUGGAUAUUUCUGGUGACAACAGGCCCUCUAUGAAAGAUGUAUCUAUGGAGCUUAGCAGAUUAAGGAAGCUUUCAAAACAUCCCUGGAUACAGCAUGAUACCGAGACAGAGAGUUUUUUCAGCGCACCAUCAACCAGUAAUUUUGAAAUAGAACAAAGCUCUGAUUACACAAGGAAGGAUGAACAAAUGCCCAUGAAUCCGAGCAAUUCUUACUUUAUCAGGUGA